CGGGAGCGGAGGGAAGCCGGUCUGUCCGCGCUGCUAGCCCGCCCCGUCCCGUCCUGAGCCGACCCGGGCGGGCAGCGCGGGGGGUGAGCCGCCACCCCAUGCGCUGAGCGGCGGCGGGAUGGGGCCGCGGGGCACCGGCGGCUGGGCCGGCCGCACCGGGGCGCCGGCUCCCGGUCGGACGUGCCUCCUGCCGCUGCUGCUGUGCGCCGCGCUCCGGAGCCUGCGGGCCAGCCCCGGCAGCGAGGUGAAUUUACUGGACUCGCGUACAGUAAUGGGGGAUCUAGGAUGGAUAGCCUACCCAAAAAAUGGGUGGGAAGAAAUUGGUGAAGUGGAUGAAAACUACGCUCCAAUACACACAUACCAGGUAUGCAAGGUAAUGGAACAGAAUCAGAACAACUGGCUUCUGACCAGCUGGAUCUCUAAUGAAGGGGCAUCCCGCAUCUUCAUUGAGCUCAAAUUCACCCUGAGGGACUGCAACAGCCUUCCAGGAGGACUUGGGACCUGCAAGGAGACUUUUAACAUGUAUUACUUUGAAUCAGAUGAUGAAGAUGGGAGGAACAUUAAAGAAAACCAAUACAUCAAGAUUGAUACCAUUGCUGCUGAUGAGAGCUUCACAGAGUUAGACCUUGGAGACAGAGUAAUGAAGCUCAACACAGAGGUGAGAGAUGUUGGGCCCCUAACCAAAAAGGGAUUUUAUCUCGCUUUCCAGGACGUGGGUGCCUGCAUUGCCCUCGUCUCUGUGCGCGUGUACUACAAGAAGUGCCCAUCAGUUAUCCGCAACCUGGCCCGCUUCCCCGACACCAUCACGGGUGCGGAUUCCUCGCAGCUCCUGGAGGUGUCGGGUGUCUGCAUCAACCACUCGGUGACGGAGGAGGCGCCGAAGAUGCACUGCAGCGCGGAGGGGGAAUGGCUGGUGCCCAUCGGCAAGUGCUUGUGCAAGGCAGGGUACGAGGAGAAGAACAACACCUGCCAAGUAUGCAGACCUGGGUUCUUCAAAGCUUCACCCCACAGUCCAUCCUGCAGCAAAUGUCCCCCUCACAGCUACACACUUGAUGAAGCAUCCACAUCUUGCCUGUGUGAAGAACACUAUUUUAGGAAGGAAUCAGACCCACCUACAAUGGCCUGUACAAGACCCCCCUCUGCUCCUCGGAGUGCCAUCUCAAAUGUUAACGAGACUAGUGUCUUUCUGGAAUGGAUUCCCCCUGCUGAUACUGGUGGAAGGAAAGAUGUGUCUUAUUAUAUUGCAUGCAAGAAGUGCAGCUCACACUCGGGUCUGUGUGAGGCGUGUGGCGGUCAUGUCAGGUACCUCCCCCAGCAAACCGGCCUGAAAAACACCUCUGUCAUGAUGGUGGAUCUGCUUGCUCAUACAAACUAUACCUUUGAAAUUGAGGCAGUGAAUGGAGUGUCCGACCAGAACCCUGAAGCCCGGCAGUUUGUGUCUGUAAAUGUAACGACAAACCAGGCAGCACCUUCUCCAGUCAGUACUGUGAAGAAAGGGAAGAUAACUAAAAAUAGCAUCUCUCUUUCCUGGCAGGAGCCAGAUCGACCUAAUGGCAUCAUCCUGGAAUACGAAAUCAAAUAUUUUGAAAAGGACCAAGAGACGAGCUACACCAUCAUCAAGUCCAAAGAGACGACGAUUACAGCAGAUGGUUUGAAGCCAGGCUCAGCGUACGUCUUCCAGAUCCGAGCCCGGACAGCUGCCGGCUAUGGGGGCUUCAGCCAAAGAUUCGAGUUCGAAACCAGCCCACUGUCAGUAGCUGCAUCCAGUGACGAGAGCCAGAUUCCUAUAAUUGUUGUGUCUGUAACAGUGGGAGUCAUUCUGCUGGCUGUUGUUAUCGGUUUCCUUCUCAGCGGAAGUUGCUGCGAUCAUGGCUGUGGGUGGGCUUCUUCUCUGCGUGCUGUUGCCUAUCCGAGCCUAACAUGGCGAUGUGGUUAUAGCAAGGCUAAGCAAGAUCCAGAAGAAGAAAAGAUGCAUUUUCAUAAUGGCCACAUUAAACUUCCUGGAGUGAGGACCUAUGUUGACCCCCAUACCUACGAGGACCCUAAUCAAGCUGUCCAUGAGUUUGCUAAGGAAAUUGAAGCUUCAUGCAUAACCAUUGAAAGAGUUAUUGGAGCUGGUGAAUUUGGGGAAGUCUGCAGUGGGCGGCUGAAGCUGCAGGGAAAGCGUGAGUUUCCAGUGGCUAUCAAAACCCUGAAGGUGGGCUACACAGAGAAACAGAGAAGAGAUUUCUUGGGAGAAGCAAGCAUCAUGGGGCAGUUUGACCACCCCAAUAUCAUCCACCUGGAAGGUGUCGUCACAAAAAGCAAACCAGUAAUGAUAGUGUCUGAAUACAUGGAGAAUGGCUCUCUGGAUACAUUUUUAAAGAAGAACGAUGGGCAGUUCACCGUCAUCCAGCUGGUCGGGAUGCUACGGGGCAUCGCGUCAGGAAUGAAGUACCUGUCUGACAUGGGUUAUGUGCACAGAGAUCUGGCCGCCAGGAAUAUCCUGAUCAACAGCAACUUGGUCUGCAAAGUGUCAGACUUCGGCCUCUCCAGAGUCCUAGAAGAUGAUCCUGAAGCAGCAUACACAACCAGGGGAGGGAAGAUCCCCAUUCGAUGGACAGCGCCUGAAGCAAUUGCCUUCCGCAAAUUCACAUCUGCCAGUGAUGUCUGGAGCUACGGCAUUGUAAUGUGGGAGGUGAUGUCCUAUGGCGAGAGGCCUUACUGGGAAAUGACAAACCAAGAUGUGAUUAAAGCUGUGGAAGAAGGCUAUCGCCUGCCAAGUCCCAUGGACUGCCCUGCUGCUCUCUACCAACUAAUGCUUGACUGCUGGCAGAAAGACCGCAACAGCAGGCCCAAGUUUGACGAAAUUGUCAGCAUAUUGGACAAGCUCAUCCGUAACCCAAGCAGCUUGAAGACGUUGGUUAAUGCAUCAAGCAGAGCGUCAAAUCUUUUGAUAGAGCACAGUCCAGUCGGGAGUGGUGCCUACAGGUCUGUGGGUGAGUGGCUGGAAGCCAUCAAAAUGGGCCGAUACACAGAGAUCUUCAUGGAGAAUGGAUACAGUUCAAUGGAUGCAGUGGCUCAGGUGACCCUAGAGGAUUUGAGACGUCUGGGAGUGACACUUGUUGGUCACCAGAAGAAGAUAAUGAACAGCCUUCAAGAGAUGAAGGUCCAGUUGGUGAAUGGGAUGGUGCCGUUAUAACACGGUUUUUAAAGUUGCUUCCUCAAGUGGGUCGGUCCUGCACUUUGUACUCUAGCCCUGAGAUUUAUUUUGACUUAAAAAAAAACCAAGAAAAUAUAAAAAGGGAAAUUCAGUCGUUUCUGUAACUGGAGGACAUUGGCCUCUGCUGCAGCAUUUCUAAAGCAGUGUUUGACUAAAGUUUUGCUUUUCUUCCUAUUUGUGUCCUCAUUUUCAUGAAGUCUAUGUAAGAUGCAUGGAACAUGGAAACAAAUCUGCUGUACAGGAGAUUAACCUGUCUCUUAAGCUUCAGCAGUGAUGACAAGCCUUCCACCACGUGUUGUCUGUACAUGGGAGGUACAUAUAUAUAUAGCACCUUUAUAUACUGAAUUACAGCAGCACGUGGUAAUGCUUCCAAGGACUGACUUGAAUGGAGGAUUUUUGUGGCCAUUCAUGGACUCUCAUUAAAGUAUAACUUCGAGUCUUACUUGUGUACAGAAGUGUAUUGAAGAGCAAUAUGAUUAGAUUAUUUCUUGAUAGAUAUUUUGUUUUGUAAAUUAAAAGAAAAGAA